AUGGCAGAUGAUGCCGAUAUUACAAAGCUCCCGCUCGAAGAUCGUUUAGGUCACAAGGUGAAUGAAUUUCGCGCCUUGCUCAAAUCCAAUAUUUUGGAAAUGAUAGGGAAGUUUAGAGCUUAUGUGAAAAUGGUAUUUUCAUCUUCUAGGUGUGGAAAGCGAGGUUGAGCGGCUACGAAGAGCUUGUGAAAAUUUAUCGAAAGAUUGACGAUGAAAGUAGCAAUGAAUUCAACAAGUAUCUCGGAAUGCUGAAGAAAUUUGUCAUCGAUAAUAAUGCUGUUGCCCAAGAGAAGGGUCUUGAAGCAGUAUUAGCUUUUUUAGAAGCUGCUUCUCCUUCGAUUUCUGGAAGGUAAGUCCCUCCUGAUUUUUUCUUUCUCUACGUUAAAUCAUUGUAAUCAAGUAUUUUAAUCGAACGCGAUAAAACUUUAAUUUGAAUAGGUGUUCAAGUGGUAAACAAAUCUGCCAUCGAUUAGACAGCCUGAUAUGGGUUAUUUUGGCGAAAGUACAAUAUAAACAACCUAAUUUCAGUCUCUUUCUAAGACAAGAGAGCUUCUAAUUAAUGCCUAUUAUACUGGUUGAAUAUGAUAAAUUCGGCAUAAUGACAACUUUGAUAAUAUAAUUCAUGGUGUAUGGAUCAAUGUUUUUAAAAUUUCUCAUGGGAACUCAAUCACUUGGUAAUCAAAGCCUCACUGCUAUUAACUAUAAUGUUUUUUAGAUAAUAAAAUAUUGCCAAUGAUAGUGUCAAACCUCAAAGUUUGAUUUCUAUUGUAGAAGAACCAGAAAUCAAGGACUUGAUGCAAUUGGUGUACAGGGUUUGAAUUUUUGACAAAAGAUUAAAGUUGUGCUGUAUGACUUAUUUCUGAGAUUCGGUGAUUUUUAGAAGUCUGUUAGUAACAACACAAGGCCUCUUCAGUAGUGUGGGCACCAGGUUGAGAAUGUCAUUACAAAGAUGAAUUAAGGCAGAAACAAAGAAAAUGUUGCCCAGAGCCCUGAGCCCAGAAGUAUGACAAUUGGACAAAUUUAAGGACCUCCUGCUCUUUAGAGUAGGAAGUACAUAGUGUUCACCCUGACAAGAGACAAUGACGGCAUUUAACAUUUCUUGAUGUGGACUUUCAUUCAAGGGUUGCUGGUGAUUUGAUAGCAGGAGUGGUCACUAAGUGUCUGAAUGCAAGACCAAAAACCAAAGAAAAGGGGAUUAACAUAAUUUUGAUGUACAUAGAAGUUGAGAAGCAAGAUGUUGUUCAAGUAAGUGAAAUGGGUGGUGUCUUUUCUUACUUUUGAAAUGAUUUUGCAUGAUUUUAUUGUUGGUAUUCUUAUACAAUUUGGAGUCUUUGGCAAAACAUCUGUAAAAUUUGCUGGCACAUGCAAUAUACAGAAUGUUUAGUACUCAGAUUCUCUGCUGUUUAUGCAUUUGGGGUGGGAGGAGGAGGGGGGUUGGUCCUAGCCAAGUAACCUCUAACUCCUUGUUAACCUUCAAUUUUGUUACAUGUAAUGACUUGGAGUAUGUACACAUUUUCUUAGUGAAGAGGUGGUUGAUCAAAGGUAACCACCUACCCCUUCCCCAGGAUUUUCUGAGGCUUCCUUGACCAUUAACAGUUAUCUAUUUAUACUCCUGAGUAGAGAAAGGGGGUGUAAGAGUAAAGUAUCUUGUCUAAGAAGACAAUACAGUGACCUAGUCAGGCCUUAAACUUGGACUUGUUGACUCAGAGUAUUCAGAGUGCCAAGGGUUAGGUCACCGCAUCUCCCACUCCCUGACAGUUUGCUAGUAUUCCCUACACUCAUGGGUGGAGAGAGAUGCAAUGUGAGAGUAAAAUUUCUUGUUUAAGAACACAACACAAUCACCCAGUCAGGGCUCAGAUGCAGAGCUUGCAAAAUUUUGUCCAAAAUUCCUAAUUCUCAGUAGUAAUGUUACCAAUAACGGUAAUAUGCAGUUAAUUGAUUGGCAGGAUUUAGAGGGUAUCAUCUUCUCUUCAUACCUGUUCCUAUUUUAGGAGGAAGUUUUAAAGGGACUAGAAAACAAACAGCCAAAAAUUGUUGCAGCUUGUACCGGUGUGUUACGUCAAGCAAUAAGGUAAAUGCUAAGGUAAAAGUCCUGAUGGAAUGAUAUCUUCAGUACUUUUAACUCUUUAACUCCCAUGAGUGACCAAGACAGAAUUUCUCUCUACAAUAUCAAGACAAUAUCAAGCACAUAAGUGAUGAGAAUAAAGAAAAAUAUCAAUCAGGGGAUUAUAAGUUGAUCCAAUACCUAAUUCUCCAAACUAACAUUACAAGAACUGUAUGGCAGACAGUAAGGACACUCACUAAUGAGAUCUUGGGAGUCAAAAGGUUAACCCUUUAACUCCCAUGACUGACCAAGACAGAAUUUCCCCUUACAAUAUCAAUGCAACAUCUAGCAGACAAGUGAUAAAAAUAAUGAACAACAUCAAUUUUGGGAUUAUUAAUUAAUUUAAAACCAAAUUCUCCAAACUAACAUCAUAAAACAAAUGAAUAAAGGGGAUAAGUUUCUUAAGAAACUGUGGUGCUGCGUUGGUGGGAGGGUAUAACAGGGUAAUUUAGUCUUAUCAACAGAACUGAUCACAUAAUGGUGGCCAAUUACGUUAUCAACUCAGUUGGUAAUACUAAAUUACCCUAUUAAUGUCAUAAAAAUUGUAUAUCAGAUAGUAAGGUUAAUUACUAAGAGGAUUCUGGGAGCGAAAGGGCUAUUAAGGAACAGGCCUUAGGUUUUUACCAAAUUGUCAGUUACCAAACUGAACAUUGAUAGGUCAAGAUGCCACAAACUUCUGUGAGACCACUGAUAUGGUGGUUACCAAGGAUUCAGGCUCAAAAGAUAUUUUUUUCUUUUCUCAGUGUUAGAAAAUAUUUGACAAAAUUUGGAGCAGGCAAUGAUCAUAUUUUUUCUCUCUCAAUAGUGAGUUUGGUGGUAAAGUCUUUAGUCUGAAACCUAUUGUCAAAGUUUUGCCCAAACUGUUUGAUCACAAUGAUAAAAUGGUCAGAGAAGAGGUGAGUCAACUGUCCUUAGUCUCUUUCUGUCAGGAUACAGUGUACUUCACUGAUUACACUUCAACAGGGUUUAAAGUUCAUUUUUACUUGUUUAGGGUUAAAUCAGGUCCAUAAAACAAACCCUUUCCCUGCAGAUCAGUAAGCUUAACAGGAAUGAACUCUCUGAAAAGCUGCUCUCAAAGUUUGAUUUCUCAGAAAAACUUGUGGAUCAUUUUACAUGUUGGUUUGUUUGUGCCCAAAUAUGAAUAAAUUUGUUCUUUUAUUUGAUUAGAUGGCUGCAUUGAGAAUAGUUGUUUGAAAAGAGUACCAAAUUACAAACGGGAAAUGAUCAAUGAAUUUCAAUAUCUGCCAUUUCAUCUGCACUAUAUUCCAAAAAACUACACAUAUGGCCUGCCAUGACAUCUAAGAUUGUCACCAUACAAAGGAAGCACUAGGGACAGGAUAUUAGUUUUCAGAAUUGUUGCAGGUAUUUCUGUGCAUUUUUCUGCCAACCAUCCUUGAAAAGAACUGUAAGUACUGAUUAAAGUGACUUCCAUGUAUCAUAGUGUGACUAUAAUUGUGCUUGCUAUGGUUCAUUUUUAUAGGCUAAAACCCUUGCAAUAGAAAUAUACAAGUGGAUAAGAGACAUACUUAAGCAGCAGUUACAGAAUAUCAAGCCUGUACAGGUUUGUAAUAUCUCUGAUAUUUACAGGUCAUUUUUUUUUUUGUCCAGGAAAAAAAUGUAUUUUGUCAUUUUCUGUUAAUGUUAACUAUGUAAAGUUGUAUUUAGUUGACUUUGGUGGGGUCCCUGCUUUCUUUUUAUCAAGCACAGGAACUUUUGUCUGUUCUAGAAAAAUUUCCAAUCAUGUUUAGCCUAGUAAUUAUUUAAGGGAAUUUGUAUGCAUAUUCAAUGGUUUCAAGAGAAUUUGAUAGGUAAUUUUGAAUAGCAGGCAGGUUUUGAAGUUCUAGAGGAUCUUCUCCUCACAGUGAAGAGUGGGCUCCCUUUAGAAAGUUUCAAAGGUCUAAAUUCUUGCAGUUGCAUUUUCAAAGAUAUAUUUUUUUCCAUUUGACAGUAGCUUAGGACAGCACCAAGUAGUAUAAAUGAGAACACGAUGACAUACAUGUUUGACAGACUUGCGGCAUAUUCUCACCCAAACAACAAAAUAAAUUGGCAAUUCAAAGAUAGCCAUUAAAGUCAGUGUCAUUAUGAUUUUGAUGAUACAUUUUUUUUAAUAAUAAUUUUGUGUGCCUGAAGUGGAUGAUUUCUAUGUUCAUGUUGAGAUAUUUUUCACUCAUCAGUUGUCAAGGUGACAAUAUUUUGUGACUGUUAGAGUUAAACGUUUUCAUGGCAAAUUUAAUGAUAGCCCAUUUUACUUUGAACUGUGAACUUUGAUUUUCUUAAAAUGACGAAGUAAUGAAAAACUAUUUACUGCAGGAACAAAUGAAAUAAAAUGUUCUGUGUUCAAACCGCAAAAUUGGAAUUAAAAGUUUUUUCCCACUGUAGUCUUAUAUUUUACUAAGAUGGCUAUUAUGGUGUUUAAAACAAUUAGGACCAGAAUAUUUUUUUUAUCUUUUAACACCAUAUUUUCAUGUUAAAAUAUGAAUUUUUUGCUGACUAAACGUAAGGCUUUUAUUAAUAAUUUAGUGACUAAGGAAAAUGUGAUAUCUUGUGUAAACCAACCACAGAUUUCACAUCCAGCUGUUAAUUAUUAAUUAAUGCUUAUUUCCAAUUUUUAUGGAAUGGAAUUAUUCCUUCUUUCAGGGAGUAGCUCUAUAAUGUUAUUUCAGUUUUUUACUUCAUUUGGAUUUAGAACAGAUCAGUGGAUCUUAGAGUUGGAAGCACUCCACAAAUGCAAUUUGCUCAAGGCCAAAACAUCUACUAAAGGGCUUUCUGGGAUUUGAAAUUCUUUUGUUAAUGAAUUUUACUUAAUCAGGUUUUCAAGGCGUAAUAGAUGGAGGUCAUCAUUGCCAAUGUGCUUUUUAAGGCUUUUGUGAAAGGAAAACAAAACAAAUGUUAUAACACUAAGAAAAAGAAGACUGGUAUUUCAGUUACAGCCAGUUUCUUGUGCCUUGAAAAUCGCCAUAAUGACCCAGGUACUCCUGUGGAAAGGCUUUCACUACACACAACGGUAAUAUUUGAUGAUUAAGACUCAGCAUUUGAACUCAAUUGUUCUAAAAAGAUUAGUCUUGAUGUCUUCAUUUGGAAUUUAAAGUACAGUGUUGAAUUAUACUUUUUUGACCACUGUGUAAGGCGUGAGCUCAUAUAUUGCUGCUUAUAGUUCCAGUCUGUUUAGCUUGUGGUGUAAAAUGAAAUAGAAGUCAAAAAGUUUAAAAUUUUUUUCUAGUAAUUUUUGUUUAGUUAAAGAUCGUUUUACUGUAUGACAUACAUAUGUGUAAGAUAUUUGAUGGAACAUGGUGUUGUUUUAGUUAGCAUGGUGGUUUUAGAUUGUUAAGUGUGGUUUUAAGGCCUUGAGGGAGUGAUUGUGUUGUGUUCUUGUGUUAGACACUGUGCUCUUGUGGCACUUCACUCUGAGUAAGAGUGUGACAUGUACAUGUAAUCAGCAUGGGUGGAUUGGAAAUCUGAAAAAUGCGGCAAGGUUAUCUUUUGCAGUCUAGCAUUUUAACCAAUGGGAAUAGGUAGUUAAACGAGAUGUUGCUUCAUGAGGAGUGAGAGAAGCUCUGACAUUGGGCAGUCAAGUGUGUAUGACUAUUAGACAGUAUAUGUUUAUAAAGAGCAAAGGAAAAUUAACAUAAAACUAAGUUCAGUGUGCAAAUGUUCAGUGGAGGUGCAGUGAUCUAUUGGUAGUAGGUGAAGAGGUUCAAACAAGACUACUUGCUGGGAUUAGUGUUUUGCAUUCAUGGUUCCUUCUUGAUGUGAUCUAUUACCUAUGGGACAGUCCUACUUUGGCACUUUGUAUGUAGACUGGGUUUUUCAGUUUGGUUUUUCAAUAACCCACUUUAGUAAUGCUAUGAGUGAGCACUGCACUUAUCUUAUGUUGGUAAAUCAUAGUUGAAAAAUGCUUAUGCCAAACUUUUUGAGAAAGAGAUUCACAUUUUUAAAAUGAAAAAAUUGUAACUUUCUGUGACAAAUGACUGUUUAACAUGGCUUUCUGUGCCUUAAUUGUCCUUCUAGCUGAAAGAGCUUGAGGAAGAAUGGGGAAAGCUUCCACCAACCCCCCCUGCUCCCACCAGAUUUACACGAAGUCAGCAGCAGAAGAUAGCAGAACAAGCUCCUGUUUCUCAAGUUGCUCCUGAUGGGGAUGUAUCAGCCACAGAUGGAGGUUCAGUCUUUUUUUUUCUUGUAGUAAAAGAAUUUGAGCUGAAAUGUUAAUGUGGCAGGUUGUUGUUAUAAUAAUAAUAAUUAACAACUGCAUCGCUAAGUGGAGGUCGAGUGCCUGAGACAUCCAGGAGCUUUUGCUAUUGGCAGCCAGCUCCUAGAUGAAGACUGCUCUCCCAUGGCUGGCAAAUCCUGGCAACCCAGCCAUUAGCCGCCACACAGGAAAGGGAAACAGGCACCGGUGACACUGAAAAAACAUUGGAAAUAAUUUGAUUCAUGAAAGAAAUUUUAAGCAAAGCAAAUCAGAAUGAAAUAUUCUCCAUUAGGGAAUUGAAAAUAACCUGAAACACUCAAAAGGACUCUGUUCAUGCUAUACUACUCAUGUGAUGCCACAUGCAAAUGUUUUAGUACUCUAUUGUAAUUAAUAUUUGUUCUUUUUGACAGAAGUAUUUUUGUCAUGGUUAUUAUUCAUACCUCUAAGAAAUUCUCAAUAAUUUUUCAAGUACUUUUUAAUCCAUGUUUCUCUUCCAAAAUCAAAGUAGUAUUUUUGAGCAAGAUUCUGUACAUUAAGUCAUCAAUAAUGGCAUAAAGUGGCAUUGCUAAUCGAGCUGUCAACCUGUUUUUAGCAGUCCCCAUGAGUGAUUGCUUAAUACAGGUUUAACUGUAGUUCAUGUGCAAUGUUUCAGUCCUUUCACUAUUGGGAUCUGAAAGUUAACUUACGUCACUGGUGACCACACUUUUCGCAAGAAUUGGAAUCAUGUCAGGACUGUGUCCUUGAUAUAACAAUCCUCUUACUUUUCAUUAAUCACCUGUCUGAAAGUGUCAGUUGUAAGUUGUAAGGAGAAUGUCACAAAUGAUCACUCUCAGCAGUGGAAGGGUUUACAGUUGAGGAGCAUAUUUUAAAAAUAGGCCUUAAAGGACACUUUGUAGCACCCCACUACACAUAAGGUUUAACAUUGGAUUAUGAUGGGCUGAUACUCAGAGAUCCUGGCUAUGUCAGUCAUUUAGUCACAAAUGGUGAGGUAGUGAUUUGCUACGCUAUGGUUUUUAAGGGGUUGGGUGGGGUUGCUUUGGGAAGUAUCAAUAUGAAAAGGUUCAGGAAGGUUUUUGAGCAGUAUCUCUAGAAUUUCUGACCAAAUAUUAUGUAUUUGUGGGAAAAAGGGAGAGGAAUAACUUUUGCAUUUGCUUAACAUGGGACAAUUAUAGUCAGUUAAACAAUUAGCAUGAUAAUGGUUGCCAACUUCUGGUAUGGGAGCUCUUAUUAGAGCUCAUUGACUCCCUAAUUGACUGACAAAUGCCAUCUGGAGCUCUUAUCUGAGGUCAAAUGUCUGGUGAUUGGGAGCUGGUGUUAAAGCUCAUUGACUCCCCAAUUGACUGACAAACUACUGGUGAUUGGAAGCUCUUAUUAGAGCUCAUUGACUCCCCAAUUGACCAGCAAACUUCUGGUGUUUGGGAGCUCUUACUAGAGCUCAUAGACUCCCCAAUUGACCAACAAAUGUCUGGUGUUUGGGAGUUCUUAUUAGAGCUCAUUGACUCCCUAAUUGACCAACAACCCUCUAGUAAUUUGAGCUUUUAUUAGAGCUCAUUGACUCCCCAAUUGACUAACAAACCUGUGGUAAUAAUAUUGGGAGCUCUUCUUAGAGCUUGUUGUCUCCCCAAUUGACCUACAAACCUCUGGUAAUUGGGAGCUCUUAUUAGAGCUCACUGACUCCCUAUUUGAUCAAUAAACCCUUAGCUAUUGGAAUCUCUCAUCAGUUGAAGCAAAUUGUUGGAAUAACCUGCUGAAAUGCUAAGGGUGGUAGGGGUGGGGGAGAUUGAUCAAGUGGUAAUACUCCUAUUUGCAACAUGAUAUGGAAAUGGUGAGGAGAUGUAGAGUAGUUUAGUUUCAGUUUUAACAGUCGGGCUAUAAUCAAUUGAGCUUUACAUCGAAUAGUCUGUGUUUGUGUUUGUUUUUUCCGGGCUUUAGUAUAGUCAUGUAGAUUUGCAACAGUAUUUUUUUUUGUCCUUUUGUCUUUUGCAGGAGUGGCUGUUCCAGAACAGGAAGCAAUCGAUCCAUAUGACCUCAUUGAAGCUGUUGAGAUUCUUUCCAAACUCCCCAAAGAUUUUUAUGAAAAUUUGGUUUGUAUUCAUGAUUCUGAUGACUAUUAACAUCAAAGUACCAUAAAAAAAAUAUAAAAGAGAAUAAAUUAUUACUGCAUUGUCAAAUGAUGUUUAAGUUUUACUGCCUCCCUUGAGUAAGCUAACUUCUUCAGAAAUUGUUGUAUGAGCAUCACUGAAAACUUCAGUCAAAUAUAGAUAAGCAAGGUUUGGGAUCUAAUCAUGAGAAAACAUGAAAUUCCUGGACCUGAAUUGAUAUAAAGGAUGGCAGAGUUCAAGAAUUAAACUCUUUAAGGUGUAUUUAUGAUGUUUGUUGAACAUAAGAUAAACAAGAUAAUGAUAAACUUUGAUUAAUACAAAUGAAAUACAUAGGAGAACAAGAAAUGGCAGUCAAGGAAGGAAGCAUUGGAGGCCCUUGAAAAACUUGCGUCAAAUCCUAAACUGGAAGGAGGACAAUAUGGAGAAUUGUUAGGAUCCUUGAAGAAGGUAAGCUUGUACCAAGGACUGGUGUAUUCUCCAAUACCCAAGAGUUUAUGUUUGGCAAGGACAAAAACAAGAUUUAAAGGUCUAAAGAAACUCUAGGGAAACUUUAUUUCUGUUUCCUUGGCCGGUUUUAAGUAUACUCUUAACUGCCUCUUGUAUGCUUUAACUGCCAUUGGUGAUCAUGUAGUAAAUUUGAUUUGAUUUACAACUUUUAAAAGGUUAAGUAAGCAGGUAAUAAGAAAUGAGCCAUGUUUUCUUGACUGAAUACUGAAAAUUCAGGACUGUGGGGUAAGCAAAAAUACUGAUUUUGAAGUUAAGGGCUAACACAUUUGAUAUUAGUGUUAAAAAAGAAGAAGAAGGCCUAGGAAACUAAGAAUUUAAUUCUUUGGGAAUCACAUUUGUCAUAAACUAUUAAGAACUGAUAUGUUCUCGCUAGUUUCAAGAAUUUUGUUAUUUCUUUCACAGAUUAUUUCUAAAGAUGCCAAUGUUAUAGUUGUAAUCCUGGCUGCCAAAUGCAUUGGUCUGUUAGCAACAGGGCUGCGCAAGAAAUUUAGCCAAUAUUCAUCCAUGAUAACUACCCCUAUCUUGGAAAAAUUCAAAGAAAAGAAAGCAAAUGUUGUGGCUGCUUUGAGAGAAGCUAUUGAUGCUGUUUUCCUUACUGUAAGAUGAAUGAAGUUCAUUUUUUGCUUAACAUGAAUGUUAUAAUUAGUUACACAUGGACAUUUGUUAUAUUGCGAUCAAGAACUUGGGAUUGAGGACUGACACUGAUUUACCUGCAGCAAGCUGGGUUGUCUUUAGAAGCCAGCAGGCAAAUAAAACCCACUGGCUGUCAGACCAUUCUAUGCUGGUUACUUAGUGAAUUUUGAUCAAAGACAAACUAAGUAUUUUUCAAUUGAUUCUAACAUCAGUGUUUGGCUAAACAAAGUUACUCAAAGAAUGCUGGAAAUCACAUCUCACAUAGUUUCAAAUUUCAAUUUUCUCUAAGGAAGCAUGCCUCCAAACCCCCUAGAAGGGCAUGCUGCUAAGCAGUAAUACAGCAAGCUUGCAAUACAAACAUAAUUUAAUUCAACUGUCCACAGUUCAGAUCAUAGGUCUGUUACAUGUUGUAAUGAAAACCUUGAGUAGUAAAUGCUGUACUGCUUAAGAACAAAUGAAAAAUUGAGGCACUGUGCAAGGUUUAACUGAGUAAGUGUAAAGGAUGUCAAGUUAAUUUUCCAGCAAAUUUAUCUGCUUGAUGUUAAAGUACUGACACCCAACCUCUUUGAAGUAACUUAGCUUUUUUUUCCAUCUUCAUCAGACUACUUUUUCUGCAAUGCAAGAAGACAUUCUAGCCACUUUAGAAAAUAAGAACCCUUCUGUGAAAGAAGAAACUGUUCGAUUUCUGGUCCGAAGCUUUAGCAAGAGCACACCAGCUGCAAUGCCAAAGACUUUCUUGAAGCCUGUUUGCAGCAGUCUCCUUAAGGUACAAACUUGUCUUUUCAAGGCUGACACUUCUGAUGACAAGUUGCUUUGUUGUGUGACACAUAGUAGGGACAACUCCGGGAACAAUCAGCUUUUGCAAAUUGUUGUGAAUAUUGUUCUAACUGCAACUGAGUUAAGUAUUUUGAAUCAAAUUACAUAAGAAUUUUGUUGCUGCUGUUACUGGCAUGAGUUCAAUGGUAGGUCACUCGCAUAAUUAUUUUUUAUGUUAUAGAGGAUGGAUGAUACUGUUGCUCCAGUAAGAGAUGCCACUGCUGAAGCUCUUGGUACAUUACUGAAGGUUAUGGGGGAAAGGCCUUUAAAUCCAUACAUUGAGCAGCUUGAUAAAAUCAAAAUGGAUAAGGUAAUCUGUUUGUUUUUAUUCAGUUAAUCUGAUUUCCAUAGUGUGAAGUUACAAGGAGUAUUGAUACUCCUCCCUGGCUGGAAUGCCAGGCCAACACAAAGUAACGCCUUCAUGUAACUUCCCUGAUAAAUUUGCUGGUACCCAUUUUUACACUUGGCCUUGUGGGAGUAAAGUGGCUUGUAAGAAGACUGAAGCUUCAAUCUGUAAAUGCAUCUUUUCACUUUUGCAUAGUGCAAGUCCUUUUCAUAGUGUUUAACAUCCAGUGUUGUCUUUAAAGGUAAAAGAAUGUGCUGAAAAGGCUGAAGUUAGUGCAGUUCCUAUGAGUGCAGCAAGCAAACCCGCAUCUGCAGGAACAACCAGCACAGAUGGUGCAAAAAAAGAGGCAGCACCAGCCAAGAAACCAGCAUCAAAGCCAUCCAAGCCUGGAGGCAAAGCAGCUGAUUCAGCAAAACCUUCAUCGACCAGUUCUGGAGUGAGUAUUGUUUAAUUUUGUAGAUCAUUGAGUAAUUAAUAUACUGUGUAGAAGAACCUUGAUAACUCAAACUUAGCUUAUUCAAACUUUUUUUAACAUGAACUACGAGGAAUUUCUCUUGAAGAACAAUUGUAGAUUGAUUUACCACAAGCUUACCUAACCCUGGGUCAUCUUAAACUGUUCACUGUUUUUCUUGAAAGUUAAAAUCAGUGAGGUUCUCUGGUACAAUGCCUCUUUUUAUUUCCUUGGUUCACUGCAGAGAUGACACAGAUGCCUGCAACGAGGAUAAACCCUAACAAAAUUGAAGAUUUUUCCAUUUCAGUUUAGUUUUUGUUUAGUUUUGUUUUGUUUCCUUUCUGUAUCUUCUCUACAAUUUUUUUCCAUCCACUUUGGCCUUUUGUGUCUGUUGGCACUAAAUGGAUUGAGCAAUAGUCUCCCAUUGAAGGACCUUCUUUAAAGUAGUGGUGUCUAUUUUACCCUUCUAAUCGCUCAAUACGACUGUUUUUUAGCCUUCAAAGAAGAAGCCAUCAACAUCUACAGCCUCAUCUGCCGGAGGAAAGGCGGUAAAAGGGGGAAAAAAUAAGGGAUCUACAGCUGCAAAUGACAGUGCAGAACCAACUGAACAAGAGAUGUCGGUAAGACAUGCAUGUGGAUAUUAUCUUGAAUAACUGAAGAUAGGUGAAGCUAUUUCUUUGCUAAUAAUUCCAAAAUUAAUAUGUUCUACAUUAAUUAUCACUUUAAAAUGUUUUCAUACAGCCAGAAGAAGUAGAUGCCAAAGCAGCAGAGUUGAUCUCUGAAGCUGUGUUGAAUCAACUUGUGCAUGCUAACUGGAAGGAAAGACUUGCUGGUAUUGAAGCGUUAACUGAGGUAUGAUUUUUUAUUUGUGUUUUGCACUCACUGUAGGAAAUAGCACAUUUACCCACUAGGCAAAAAGGUCUGUAUUGUCUUGAUGGAAAAUUUGCAAGGAGUGUUCAGUAAUUUCACCAAUCUUGUUUUAAAGUAUUUUUUGUCCUGACUGCCUUUGGCUUUUAAAGAAUGAUGGUUCAGCUGGUUGAGUUGAUCUAAGCAAGUAUGUUUUAAUGUUUUCAGUCAGUUGCAGUACUGAAGGUAAUCUGUUAACAACUUCAUUUACAACUCUCUAUGAUCAGAACCCAAUUAAAUGAGUUUCAUUUAGUACAUAUUUUGAUGUUUUAGAUAGUAUUUUUGUUGUCUUGUUAUUGUAGCUUAUCAAAGGUAUGGAUCCCAAAACAACUUCAUCUCAAGUCCUGAUCAGAGUUCUUGCCAAAAAACCUGGCUGGAAAGAUACAAACUUCCAGGUACAAAGUUAAUUGUGAUAUUAAAGCUGACUGUCAUGACACUUAGAGGGCAUGAAAUGAAUUAUUCAGAGUGCAUUAACCCAUUACACCCAACAUCAAUAUGCAUAUUCUCAAUGCUGUUCCUAUGCAUUUCCUAAGAUGCUUAUAAGGAGAAUUUGUUCAACAAUCACGAGUUUAUUUAGUUGGUGAUAAUUUCCUUUAUUCUAUUAACUUUUAGGUUUAAUCCAAGGGUGAUACUUUAAAGAAAAAUUAGAUGCUAGUAACUCUCAGCAGCAAUAGACACUCAUUAGUAUUUGUGAAUUCACAGGUGCUGAAAGCUAAGUUUUCUCUGUGUCAGUACGUAGCGCAGAACAUCAAGUCAUUCUCUAAGCGCAGUGCUUUCUAUGCUCUUGAUGGGCUCGUUGACAAGAUUGGAGAUAUAAAGGUACUUUUAGUUGUCCUAUAUUAAGGUAAAUUUUAAUUCUUUUGUCCUGUCUUUUGAUGUUGUCAUUUUAUUUACUCACAGUUCUUCAAAUGUGUUCAUUUCAUUAGUUGAAAGAGGCAAGCAAAGAAACCCUCACUACAUUUGCUGAAGUGAUAUCUCUAAACUACAUCAGUUUGAAGGUGAGUCACAACUCAUACAUUCUUUCAUUCUUGGUGAUUUCAAACCAUAUUUCCUUAAGCAAAUUUUUGGACGCUUUCUCUUGAUUAUUCAAUUUGAAAUUUUCAUAAAUCUCAGAGGAUAGACCUGUUGUUGUCAUAACUUCUUUUGUCAAAAGAAUUGUAUUACCUCGACUUUACUUAACAGAAAAGUCUGAAAUCAUAGAGACCUCAUAGUUUUGAGAUUACAAGGUCACUCAGAAAAGGCAUUAUCACCAUUGAUACAUUCAAUCACUACACUUUUAUCUCCCCUUGCUAUCUCCGAGUUUCUUUUUUAUACAAUGUACUCCAGUUACAAUGUGCAGCCAGUCAUUACUUAAUCACCCGUAUUGUACUCAUGUUUUGAUAACAGGUCUCCAAGCAUGCUGGCUCUCAGAAGAAUCCUAAAGUUCUAGCAGAGUCUCUUAACUGGCUCUCAGAUGCAGUAAAAGGAUUUGGGUUCAAGUAAGUGACACAGAAUUAGCUGGAUAAUUUUUUAAGAGUCAAUUUAUGAAUCGGAACCUAUUCAUAAAAAUAGUAGUCACCUUGACUGACAACUCGUGCAUGUUCUUGCCAAAUUUGGAAAACGUUUUUUUUUUCUAUCAAACUAAAAGUGCCUAAUUGUUUAGUCAGAGCCUGGUGGACUCAGGCCUUGGACAAAAAAAUGAGAGGGUCAUGCAGUGUUGGUACUAACAUUUUUUAUUUGCAAAAUUUGAAUUUCAAUAUGUCUUAAAAAUAUUUUAUUCUUAUUUUCAAAGAAUUGACCUCAAGCCUCAUAUUGCCUAUGUCAAGGAAGCAUUGGCUAAUACCAAUCCUGUAAGUAAAGUCAAGCUCUUUUGAUAUUGUUAUUAGAGACAGUUGGUUGGUUGUUUUGUUGAUCUGUCAGUUUUGUUGAUCUGUCAGUUUUGUUGAUCUGUCAGUCAGUGAGGUGGUGAGUGAAUGAGUCAGUCAGUUUGACCGACAGACUGUUAGUAAGGCUGUCCGUCAGUCAUUCAGGUAGUUAGUUAGUAAGGGCAAGUCAGUGUUUUCAAUAGUUUCCAGCAGUUUGACAAUGAACUUGUAGGUGUAUGAGAAAAAUUCACCUAAUCUAGCUAGAACUUCAUGCUUUUGCUUAACUUGCAAACGUUUAUGAAUGCAGACCAGUAAAACAUUUGCACCGGUGAUAACCAAACCUUUCUUUUCCAGGCUGUUCGUACAGCUGCUAUCUCACUGCUUGGAACAUUACAUAUGUACGUAGGAGCAACACUUAGAGUGUUCUUCGAAGAAGAAAAGCCUGCUCUUUUGCAACAAAUUGAUGCUGAAUUUGAAAGGGUAAUUUUAUUUCUUUGUCUUUUCAUUUUCUACUCUUUCUUAUUUCCAAUAGACUUUUCUCCAAAUUGGUGGCCAAAAUGAAAAAAAGGAAAAUGUUUCAAAAGGAAACAGUUCAGUGGAACUUCUGCAAUCGAGGAAAUGGUGGUUUGGAUUUGGAUGGGAGUACAAAUACCCUCAGCGUUACAAAUGUCUAUAUUUUUUUAACCUGAAAUGAACUUUUUUUCGGCUAAAACAGCUCUCGGUUAAAUUAAACUUUACAGUAGCAGGAAUUACCUUCGUUUUCAUCUCAAUUCAUAAUUUUGGACCUUUCUUUUUUGGCAACAGGACGUUUAUUAAGAAAGUUGAUCCAUUGAUGCCUUUUAGGUGAAGGACGAGAAACCGCCAGCCCCUACACUAGGCUUGUCUCCCAAUGCAGGUGACACUGAGGAGGGAGGGGGGGACACAGAAGAUGGCGGAGGAGGGGGAGGAGAGGGUAAUGCUGCACCAACUGUCAACUUGGCCGACCUUGUUCCAAGGAAUGAUAUAAGGUAAGCUACAAUGACGCCACUGUUUGUGCAUCAGCGAAUAUCCACCCUGAAAUUUGAAAGUUUUUCAUGCGAAAUCCUCGACAAUAUGUCUAUCGGUGUUUUUAUUACGACAAAAUGAACAUAGUUGCUGUUAUAUGGUUAUGGUAGAAGGUUGGAAAUGACAUGGCAUGGCAUUUUUUAUUCUUACCACUUAAAGAAACCAAACUGAUUUGCAACUUUUUUCCUGGUAAUGCUUAGAAAAUGAUAAUUGUUAUGUUAAAAGCUUUUCUGAAAUAAAGAAUUACUGUGUUCGUUUCAGUGCUCAGAUCACACCAGCUCUGAUCACGGAACUUGGCGACAAGAAUUGGAAAGUUAGAGGAGAGGCACUUCAAAAGGUAACUCAACCGUGUGGCUUACGUACAAGAAUGAGAUACCUUGUUUACUAGAAAUAUUUGCAAUGCAAAUCAUUAAUGCCUGAGUUUACUGUCCUUUGCACCAGGUCAUAGACAUAUUGUCUGCUGCAAAGUUCAUCACUCCAGAGCUAGGAGAACUACCACCUGCACUCAAGGCUCGACUUGGUGACUCUAAUAAGAAUCUGGUAAGUUUGUGGACCGCCGUAGUUCGGCUGUAGUUGUUAAUUGUUCUAUACCAAGACUGUAUUAUCUGCUGAAGAUGAUGAGCAUUUCUACCGAAUGCCUGUUUCUCGAUCACUAAUAGAACGCUUUUCGACCACGAGUUUUAAAUCCUAAACCAAAACUAAAUUACUUACAGCAGUUUGAUGGUUGAAAAUCAUAACGAAUGAAACUUUCACAAGGAAUAAUGAGAAUUAAAAGUGAAUAGAUGUAAGCAACGUGAAGCGCGGGAAAACGCGAGUGACAGUCCAGCGAUUGGUUUAAACUUCGCAUCUGAUUGGUUGAAAGGGAGGCACGAGUUUUUCUCGACCAAUUAUGAACUUAUUUAGGCAAAGGGCUCUGACGACAUGUUUGUUUCUUCCUAUUUACCAGGUUACCAUCACUCUUAACAUUUGCACGACAUUGGCGACUGCUAUGGGAGCACAAAUAAACAGGCACUUAAAAGUCUUGGGUGCUGGAAUAUUCAGCACGUUAGCAGAUGCUAAGGUACGGUACUCGUUUUUUUUUUUUUUUUUUUUUUUUUCGACGGUGUUUGGACGUGUUGACUAUUUUAUUAAGACUGCCAAGUGUGGGAAUUACUAUAACAACACAAUUGUUUUACUUGAAGCAUGUUACAAGCUUAAAAGCUCUUUACCUGAUUAGUUUUGCGUUAGGGCUUCUUCAAGUACGUACUUCAAUAACUUUUUCUAUCGGCCUCUGCCGAUGGUGUAAUGCCGGGAAGGCUUUGCCUGAAGGCGAAACCCGUGGACUUGAUGCAGUGAACUUUAUUAAUUUGAAACGUUCUCUUGACUAUUCUCCCUUUUCUUUUAGAACACAGUCAGAGCCACUGGGAUCACUGCCUUAAAUGCUUGGCACAAAGAAAUAGGGUUGACGCCUUUCAUUGAGGGCGAAGUCAUCUUUGGAGCUCUCAGUACCGAAAACCCUAAUUUAAGAACAGAGGUAGCAUCUUUGAAGCAAUGAUUUUAAAUCUUAUGAAAUGUAAUCGAAGAAAUUUGUACCCGAGCCAAUUUCCAGUUUUGAAAGGAAUCACCUGCAUAAUUUUAUCUGUAUAGUUCUCAGUGGAGCAAUCGGACUAAACAAUAAUUAUGGUGUCCACGACAACUUGUUUGCCUACCAUUUCUUGUUCGUCUUUCAAUUUCAAAGUUAUUAACAGCUUUGUGUUUACUUAUUCCAGGUAUUGGGGUGGCUAGAGGAAAAAUUACCAGCGGAGAAGAACCUUCCCUCUACCUUAGUCGCCAUAGUGGCUCCUUUGUAUUCCUGUUUAGAAGAUCGCAGUGGCGAUGUGAGGAAGAAAGCCCAGGCUGUUGUGCCUGUCAUGAUGCAACAUGUCGGAUGGGACAGUAUGAGCAAACAGGCCAAUAAACUGAAGGUAGAAUUCGAUUUUUGUUCUUUCCGAGAGAAUUCAAAAUUGUUCAGCUUGCAUCUUCAGCGAAUUUGUCAGGGGAAGGGGGGAUGCAGUAGAGGGAAGAGAAAAGAAAAAGAGGAAGUACAAGCAGUGGAGGGGGGGGGAGGGAGAGGUGAGGAUUAGCACAGAUUUUAAACGGCAAGCCUAAAAUUUCCAAGAGCUCUUGUCAGCGAAAUUGCUCAUUGUAUUUGCCACGAACUGAAAAAAACCUCUUUUCGCCAGAUUAGUUGAUGUACUAGUAUACGAGUUUGAUUUUUUUUUUGUUAUUAUUCUCAUUUUUUUCAUUUUUUACAACGCUAAAUGUGAUAAAACCUAGUCAGUGCACCACUUUCACUGAUUAGAUAGGGAGUAGGUUUCCAGAGGCAUUUCCUAUCUCGGUCGGUAUCUGUACAGAAAGUACGAAUGCUUCUAACAAAGUGUUUUAUUUGCACGAAUGACUAAUUUUGGGCCUUGAUUUUUAGCCUGCCUCUAAAUCUAAUGUGGUGACGAUACUGGAGAAAGCACGAGCCUCCCUCCCCGAACCCUCCAAAGCUCCCAACAAAGCUCCUGCAGCCGCUACCACUGCUAAACCUGCUGCAACCAAGGCUCAGGCAGAUUCAUCAGCCACAUCUGGAGGGAGUGGUGGGGCCUCAGGCGCAUCAGCUUCCUCCUCUGGCGGCAAUGCUAACAAGAAAACCAAGUCUACAGCGAAGCAAGCUGAGUCGAAGGUGAGGAAAAUAUUUCUUACGAUAAGGUGUUAUUUUAUUAUCCUUUGCUGAAUUCGAAUCAUUCAUUUUGAACUAGAAUUUGAGACAGGUUUUGGUUAUACGAAAAUCAGUUGCAAUGAGCUCGAAAAUAUACCAUGCAUCCUAAUAAUUUAUUUAUUGUUCCGUAAGUCGUCUAAGAAGUCCUCAGCGGAUGUAGAAAGCGAUGGCCCUCCUUUCUUACGGUAUAAUGGCAAAGAUGGCCGUUUCAAAGACGAAAAAGAUCUCAAGGUACGAACUUGGAAGUGUACAUUUAAAGCUGAGUCCUCCUGUUGUCAGUUAUCAUCAAGGUUAUGUUUUCCAUUUCUCGGGUAAAACUGUUUGUUUUCGUCUGUUGUUAGGUUUUAAAGUGGAAUUUCACCGCGCCCAGAGCUGAGUUUGUUGAGCAACUCAAAGAACAAAUGAGGCCGUGUCUUGGAAAGACGUUGCACUCGAAUCUGUUUCACGCUGAUUUCAAAUAUCAUCUGAUUGGAAUAAACACCAUGCAACAGGUACAACAAUUAUCGUACAAAAUUUGCCAGGAUUGAAUGGACUACUGUGAAUGUACCACGUUAUUUGUGUGAUCGUUUACGCUGGGAAAGAGGUAUCGCUCUGAGUCUGUUUAAUAGUGCUCAAGUGUGGGUGGAAGAGCCCUACCAUCUCACAGGAAAGAAGGAAUCAAGGAGCGGGCGUGGAAAUCUUUGGGAUUGUUUUAGCUUGUAAAAUAGAGCCUGCAUAACAUUCCUAAAUAACUUAGCAUUUCUGCGGUUUUCUGUCGAACGCAAGCGUAAAGGGCAAGUGACGCGCUAGACGAGCGGGGAAAAAAUUAUCACACGUGACCCCCUUUUUGCGCUCGUCCCCGCACGCCUGUUUUGCAUUCUAUCUCAACUGUUAGCUUUCUUCUCUUUUCAGUGUGUUGUGCCUCCGUCAGAUGCGCCAUAUCAGGUGGAAGUGGUUCAGUCGUUAGACCUGAUCCUUAAGUGGGUCACUUUACGAUUCUUUGACACCAACACCACCGUACUCAUCAAAUGCCUGGAACUUAUGGACGCUGUCUUUGUCAUGUUAGCACAGGCUGAUUAUCAAAUGUUGGAGUUUGAAGCCUCUAGCUUUAUUCCUUACCUUGUGCAAAAGGUAAAUCGAUAGAAUAAAAGUGUGUAAAGGGGGUAUGUUUCUGAAGAAACUGUGGUGCUGCGUCUGUGGGAGAGUAUAACAGGAUAAUUUAGUAUUUUCAACUGAGCUGAUAACGUAAAUCGGCCACUGUAAGGAGUUUCAAGGCUGACGUUGCGAGCAUCAGCCAUUUGCUCUGACGAAAGACUAUUGCUCGAAACGUCAGCUUUGAAGCUUUGAAAAACCCCUUACGGUGGCCAUUUAACAUUAUCAACUCAGUUUAUAAAAAUGUGGCUGAUUUAAAUAAUAGUGAUCUUGAAUGCAUCUAACUGCAAAAUUUCGAGUUCGUUUCGCUGCGGUAAGCUCCUUCCGGCGACAUCAAGGAAAGCACCAUUUUUAGUCCCAACCCUUUUCUUUCCUUUUUUCUCUUGAAAUUAUACGCUCUCUAAAAGCUUCAAAAAGUUUGAAGAAUUUAUAAUUUCGAGGAACAGUAACCAGUGAAUAACGACGGAAAAUGAUUAUUUCUAUCAAAAGGUUGGGGAUCCAAAAGAUGCCAUAAGAAAGAUGAUUCGUAAUCUGUUCAAACUGCUGACAAAGAUCUACCCUGCCAGCAAGCUGUUCAACUAUGUUAUGGAAGGCCUCCCGUCCAAGAAUUCCAAAACCAGGAUGGGUAUGAUAUCAUGUUUGUUAGUAAAGUGAUGUUCAGUUGAAUCUUGUUAAAUCAGCGGCCACCAGGGAGUCGGUGAUAAGGCGAAUGGGAAACGCUCGUGAACAAGUCGCUUUAGAGUUGUAUUUGGCUUUGGUUUGUACGGAGAGAUGAGUUCUCAAGGAAAACCAAAGAGUGUUUAAUAGAAAGUCAGUGCGAUCCAAAGAGUGUUUAAUAGAAAGUCAGUGCAAUCCUAGAUUAUUGUCGAUUCUCAGUUGAAAAUUGCUCUAUUUGAAUUUGAUGUAACCGCAAUCUCUCACAAUAUUCCAGGGAAGUCUGUUCAAAACUUACUCGCUUACUCAGUGUUUUAGUCGUAAACCUUGAGGAACAUGAUAACUUACCGUAGUAUAGACCAAAUUUGAAAAAUGUUGGCCUACGACAUGUAAUUUGCUGAGAGGGAAGAGAAUACAAUCUAGCCCGGGUUUGCGAAAGAAAUGAAGUAUGCACCGUGAGUGAGUCAUUUUACAACUCAUAACUGAGAUAAUGCAAGCCAACUCUCAUUAUUUCCCCAGAAAUGCCUCGACGCUGCGACUUGCUUUUGCAGGUUAUUAAUUCUCAACAUUCAUUCGUCUAUCCUCAAGAAAAAUUUCGUCUGUUUUUCUAUUAUAGAGUGUUUAGAAGAGCUGGGUUCUCUCAUCCAAGUUUAUGGUAUGAAUGUGUGUCAACCAACCCCUCCCAAGGCGUUGGCUGCCAUUGCUGCACAGAUAGGCGACAGGGAUAAUGGAGUUAGAAACGCGGCUUUGAAUGCUGUGGUGGAAGCUUACUUUCUUGUAGGAGAAAAGACCUGUUACAAAUAUUGCUCACAGGUGUGAGGUUUGGAAUUUUCGUCAAUUGAGACGCUAUAUUUUAGUUGGAUGCUAGCUGUACCACUUGGGUUAACGAUGUUUAUUUGAGAGUUUCUGUCAAAAAUUCGUUGAUAAAUUGUGGCAUGAUAGUGCUGGACAUAUUAAACACAAUUAACUGAAGUACGAUUAACAUUUAAGUGAAGGGUUAAGUUUUCUAAUGCAAAUCAGAUGCGUGAGAGCUUCAUUAAGUGUCUAAUUUUACAGCUAAAAAUUCGGUGACCGAAUUUGAAGAUCCCUUUGUUCAGCGUAACAAAGUUAGCAACUUUCCAUGUAUAUUUUCCAAGAAGGUUCUUCUUUUCAGAAGUCUUCAGGAAGUAAAUCAAGGGCAAGGAGUCAACACUAUUCGAUAAGGCACUUAUUUACUGACCGGGAGUGCCGGAAUGGGAUGUCCUCGCUUGUUAGUGAUCGUUGAUGAGAAUUCACUGUGCAAAGAAAAAAAAAACUACACACACACACCGUUGCAACCUUUUCUCAAUCGGUUGCUUAAAACGUAGUUUUAGGUAAAUUAGAAUUAUUCUUUUCCACAGCUCUCAGACAAGGACCUGGCGUACCUAGAGGAGCGAAUAAAACGGUCAUCAAAAAAUCGGCCUAGUACGGCUCCAAGUGAAAACACGGCGAAAAGUAACGUUAGUGCGCGGGGAGGGAGCGACUCUUCCGCUAAUGCCGCCAAGAAAAAAGAAGAUAAAAGGCCAGGAAAACCACAGCUUGCCAGGUGGGUGUGUUGCGCAUGACUUACAGAGUUAACCCGGUUGAUGUGGUAUGGAGCGACUCAGAUUAGUAUUCUUAGUUGUAUUGCUAGUCCACUUUAGGUUACCUCCGCCCAGGCCCUUAUCUAGGUUUCCCAGAGAAUUCGCCGGUCUCAUUCAUACCCGUAGGUGGGUGAAAUAAUUAUGGGAGUGAAACAUUUUGAUCAAAAACACUGAACAUUUUUAUGGCGUUGGCCAAAACUGAAACUCGGGACCUCCCCAUGUAAUUAUCAGUGGACUGACAAGAACCUGACCGGUUUCCCUUACCUCUUGUUUAAAAGCUUUUGGUAAAAAUUGGUAAAUUGGUGAAAUUUCCUUGUCUGUAGGCCUGCGACAGCCCCCGCACAAAGGCAGGAAAACGUUCGUCGUGAAUUCAGUUUAGACAUCGAUGGUAUUGAAGGGGAUGAUGUGCACCAUGAUGUGACUGUCCCUACCCUGGAGGCAAAUGACGCUUUGGAUGAUCUUAUCAGUGCGCCUGUCAAAAAACCAUACACCAAGUGAGUUUCUUGUCUGCGGUCAACUUGCAUUUUCUCAUUACUUUUUCUGUUCGUUUGUGUAGUUCUACUUUGAGAAUUUGGUGAUAUAUCCAAGAAUUUGGUUACCAAAAUAUGCCUCAUCGCCUUACAAGCUCCUUUCUGCAUUUCGCUUGUUUUGUGGUGCGUUUUAAAGUGUGAUAACCGAGAUGAAGGCAGAAAGCAACAGUGACUCAGAUUUGUCAAUUAUGAGACAACUAGCAAUUCACAGAGUAAAUUCAAGAAAGUUUUCCCCACCGUUCAGCGAGUGGUAUUCUACAAAAGAAAAAUCCAUUUAUCGUAUAGACGUAGAAUUCAAAAUCAUCUCUUGCCUAAUACGUUUCUUUUUUAUUUCUCAGAAAUCCCACUUCUCCUCACAUGGGUGUAUUCAGCCGAACCAAUCCUACCGCUGCCUUCAACUACGUCAUAUCACAAAUCGCCAGCGGUGACGUCACAGCUAGUACCCAGGCCUUAGUGCAGUUCGAAAAAGUGAUCAGAAACAAGAACCACAAGGAAGUCAGCAAACACAUCGAUCAGGUUAGAAUAGUUUUCUUUACUUGUGCACUUUGCGUAUACGUCACACUUGUUUUCCGUCGUCGACGUUUUCUUGACACUUAACCCUUCAACUCCCAGAUCAAAUUUGUAAUUCUUCUUACUGUCAACCAUACAAUUCUUAGAAUGUUAGUUCAGAGAAUUUAGUAGUGAAUCAACUAAUUAUCCCCAAAUUGAUAUUUGUCUGUAUUCUCAUUACUUGUCUACGUGGUAUUGUAUUGAUAUUGUAGGGGGAAAUUCUGUCUUGGUCACUCAUAGGAGUUAGAGGGCUUAGAUGGAGAGUGUGACUUUUUUCCUUGACUAGUCCUGACGUGUCAGGUCUUGAACAAAAAGACUUUGCAUAUGAAAAAAUUCGUCAAGGAUGAAGUUUGUUGGUGUAGAUGACUGAAAGAGGACUCUUCGAAAGAAAAUUUUUAAAGGUCUUUUGAGUGGAAAUUCUUCUCCCGCAAAUUUUGCUUAAAGUUGUCCGUGACAAUGUUUUGCUAAAUGUACGCCUCUAGAGGAGAAAUGCGUGGAUUCAUGCAAUUGAAAGUCUGUCUCGGGAAGGUCGCGAACGUGCCAAAACAUUCCAAAUGUGAAAAAGGUGUAACUGACAACAAAUAAGCCACAAUGAGCCCUGUGCAGUUAGCGAUCUCAGGGUACAAGACCGUGCUGGAAGGCAAAUUGCAUAGACAAACUGCUUCGAUUAAGUUGUGCAAAGCGUAAGCUUGCUUUCCAUGAAGUUGGUUUUUUUAAUACAAUGAAAUUGCUAACUGCGCUGGGCUUACUCCGCUUUUAUUUUCUGGACUGAAACAAAUUAUGACAAUGUGUAUCUUAUUGUUUCAGUUUCUGAAUGCUGCAUCCCUCCAGCUUAAUAUGAUCCUAACCACACACAUCCCCAACAUUGAAUCGAACCAGCAGCCCGAAGCCACAGUACUUAGACUCAUCAACUGCCUAACAGACACCAUGCUUGGAGUGUUCUCCAGCCCUGCGCUGGCUCGUGCCGUUUCGCGGAGCUCUUUGAAGCAGCUGAUGCAGGUGUUGAUUACUGUCCUGUCAGACGAUCGCUUGGCUGCUCUGGAAGACGGGCCGCAGAUACUGAGAGCAAUUAACGUGCUGAUGGUGAAAGUCAUUGAAAUGUCGGAUCAGACUUUCGUGUUAGGGUAAGGGAUCAACUUUAGAAAAGGUUCAAUUUUUUCUUCUGUGUUGCUGUGUUAUGGCACUUAACCAUCUUGUUGCCAAUCUUAUAAGAGAAAACCUAAAGCAGUCAAUAAAACUAGCGUCUGACUAAGAUGUGACUAGAUGAAGAAGGUGCAUCAAUUCACAGCUUGUACUGCAGGAUAGCAGAGAGUAUUCAGGCCCAGGGUAAUUCAAGGAUAUGCAUGUACCACCCAGUCUUCUCAAACUUGGUGCAAUUAAUAGAGGUUGAUGUGUGCGCUUCUCACGCGUGAUAACUGUGCGCGCUCCUCACGCGUGAUAACUGUGCGGAUCAAGGAUAUGCAAAUACAACGGAAGUACCUCUUCCUUUAUUGGUGACUUUGUAUUUCAGGUCAUUAAUCAAACUUCUGCAAGACUGUCUCAAGUUACUUCAAGAAAGCGCCGGUAACUCGCUCAGUUCACCAAAGUUUCUUGAGCUCGUAAUGAAGGUAGGUGGGUUUGCUAGGUCUUCUAGGGGCCAUUUUAAAAGAGAUUUGUUAAAAAUAACAACUAGUACUCUGCUUGCAAAAUCUUUAGCACGGUAAAGUUUUGGAGUUUUAAAUUGAUUUCUUACAAAUCAGACCAACAACUUUUAUUUUCUUUCUGGGCCCAGUUGUUCAAAGGGGGAUAACGCUAUCCAACGGAUAAAUCAAUACGCAGCGGAUAUCAGUUAAAAGAAGUAGUGCGCUAUCCACAGGAUAGCGAUUUAUCUAGUGCAUAGCGUUAUCCACCCUUUGAAUAACUAGUGCCUUUGUUUUGGUUUCACACGGAGUCACAACGGGUAGAUUUUGUAUCAAUACGAAAAGCUUGCUAUUAUUGGAUGCAAGGGUUGAUCUUCAGAUCUUGUUUAAUCGUUUGUGUGUUUUGAUUUUUGUUAUACUGAGUGUGAUCAAGAAUUGAGUUUGAAGAAAGGCAUUCAGUGUUUGUCUCAGUUGUGGGAAAAAGUAAAAUUGGAUUUCCCCGUAAGCGUUCGAACCGCAGCCCGUUCUGAUUUCACAGUAUUUGAUUUCGUUGGAUGCUUUACAAACCGAGCCACAGAAAAUUCGUGGGUGAGCUCUGAAAAACGUCCUGCAAACUGCUAGGAUCAGCUAUGUGGAAUUAAAUGCGUCGUAUGUAGAGAGAAAGUAAGAAAUAUUGCACAAGUUCAGGUCGAUCAUAGAUUGACCGUCAUGCUAAAACAUUUGUCAGAAGCGAGACAAAUCUAUUUUAAAUCGUCGAUUAAAAGGGAUGUCUUUAAAAACAUUUGUGGUCAGUGUGGAACAAUGUUUGUAUUAUCGUUUCAGUGCCUUUGGAAGGUUGUUCGUAAUUUACCGAAAACCAUAUCAGAAGUAAAAGUGGAUCAGAUUCUCCUGGACAUACACACGUUCUUACUGACACACCCCGAUCAGAUGUGGAAAAAUCGCGCGGACGAUACACCGCUCAGAACGAUCAAGACAAUAUUGUACACACUAGGCAAACUGAAGAAACAAGAGGUUUGUAGGUACAAUUUAACAUCUUCUUUCCUGUUGCAGUAGCCUUUGCAUCAACCGUAUUUUUUUGCUUCUGCGUUGUAGAUUUUGGACUGCCUCGGUUUGAUAGAUGAUCCAGAGAGUAGCGAGGUCGCCGCUUAUCUAAAGAAGAUCCUGAAGAGUAGUGGUCGCAAGGCUACGGAGAAUCACGUGAACGGAAGUGACUCAACAACACCGCACAAGUCCUCGGUACCAGACCUUCUGAUGGGAAUCGAUGUAAGUGACUACUCGCGUUUACUUGCGCUUGUUAAACGUAUGAACACAGAGCUUGAUUGACCUUUUGUGAUAUUCAUCCCUACUCUGAUAUGCGGGUGUGAUUGACCUAGCUUCGACAGUUGUUAUUACUUUUUUUCUAGUUUGGAUUUACGUUAUGGAAAAAUCGACUCAUUUCCAUCCAAAUGAAAUCUGAUAUGGUAGAGCCAGAAUUCUUAAUAUUUGUGAUUAUGAAGAGCUGAAAGAGUGUUCGAGUCAGCAACCCUACGCUAGUGAAAGCAAUCGUUCUCCUGGGAUACGAAGAGCAUCUAUCAUAACCACACCCCCCUAUAAAAAAAGAUAUUCAGUUUUUACGAAACUUGAAUAACUUAGUACUACACGAAUUCCUGGUGAUUUCGUAAUCAGCAUGGAAGAAGAAUCUUCAUCGUUUGGAUAGCUACGGGCGCUUUUAAAAACGUCUUCCCUCAGAUAUUGAUUGUGGUAUAUGAAAACUUGUUAUAAGAAUUUGAUGUUUUCUUUUGAUUUUUUAUAGUGUAUGUUGUAAGAAUUUUAUUUUUUUGGUGUUUACUUCAGGGCGGAAACAAAGCUCAAAACAAAGAAAAAAUUAAUGACAAAUUAGCGGAGAUAUUCGCCAAAAUAGGCUCGAAAGAGAACACAAGAGAGGUGAGUAGGUCAAGGAGUAGAUAAUUUGUACAUUGUCUUGUUAGGAUCUUCUCAAAGAAUCAUUCUUUGGUUUUCAUUUUCGAGAAGCAAAGCAAAAAUGUCAAAAUAGUAGGGUGGCUUCCUGGUCAUAACAGCCUAAAACUCUGAUAAUUCGCUCUGUUACAGUUGAACAUAAUAUUAGGCUGGACGUUUUCUGUCGGCUUUUAUUCAGUGACACCAAGUACGUCAAGAAAUCACUUUUUGCAAAGUUUUAAAAAUCGUAGGGAGCGGCAUAGAGCUGCCCGAAUCUUUCUGCGUAUGGAAUUAAAUCUUUUUUUCCCGUCUUUUUAGGGCUUGGCUGAACUCUAUGACUUCAAACAAAAAUACCCUGAGGCAGACAUUGAUCCAUUCUUGAAGCGAACCUCCGAGUUCUUCCAGAGUUACAUUGAAAGAGGACUAAAGAAUAUCGAGAUGGAGAGAAAAGGAAGGAAAGUGUCAGGUACAGUACCGUAAAAUUUUUAUCGAGUACUUGUUAUCUGUGGAUCUGAACAAUGCAAACCAACGGAUCAUACAUUUAUUGAGCGGAGAACCCCAAUUUUUAAUAGUUUCGAAAGAACCAAGGCUUGUCCUAGAGAAGGGCUUUCACGGAAGUCCAAGGAAAAUUCAUUUUUUAUCUUUCCCUUGUUUUCCUGCGGUGCCUUCUCUCACAGACUUAGGCAUUUUCCAAUUGGACGUCAGGAUUGCAUUGGAUCAGCUUCCCCGCGCUCUGUGAUUGAUCCAGGAAAAUUCAUUUUUCAUCUUUCCCUUGUUUUCCUGCGGUGCCUUCUCUCACAGACUUAAGCAUUUUCCAAUUGGACGUCGGGAUUGCAUUGGAUCAGCUUCCCCGUGCUCUGUUAUUGAUCCAGGAAACGUGGCUCCCCUCUCGACCAACCAGUCAGACACUUUAACUUCGCUCUUUAACUUCGUUCUGAUCGUAAACUUGAUAUUCUUUUGGUUUUGGACCAACGUCAAUCAAUUUGGUAGUGACCUUUACAGAAUUCCUUUUCACAGUAAUUUAACAAGAAUAUGUAACUAGUAUUCCACAAGAGCGUGUUGGAUAUUAGUUGGCUAUAACCAAUCUGGUAUCAAAAAAGCGCAAAUGGAAUAAUUGUUUCAUUAAAUUUUAUUAACUCCUGGACGUUUGGAUAUUUCGAGCCUUUUUUCAGCAACAGCGAGUGCAAUGCAUUUCCAUAUAAGGCGACUCGGAAUAUGAGCUGAUAAUCGGAGUUGAGUGCACCAUUCAUUCACACUUAUUUUUUGCAGGGACAGCUCCCUCGUCUGGAAUAUCGACGACAGCGCUCAGCUCAUCAAAUUCAACAGAGGGAGAAAGCACCGGUAAAAAAAAAAUAAUGCGGAUUUACUUCUAUAUUUUCCUUUAACCCUUGAACUAGCGAUCUGAUUGUCAAUUCUACCCUUUAACUGCUACACAUUUCCUUGUAAAUUAGUUACGAGACGUUAAAUCAAGAUAACAACUUCUUCCUGAUAAGUCUGAGUAUUCUCGUUAGCUGUUUGCUGGAUAGUGUACGGAUAUUUUAGGGAGAAGAUAAAGGAAUGCUCUCGUCUUAAGAUUGAUAUUUUAAAUGUUUUGAGUCUCUACGUCGAAUAAAUAAAUAAACAAACAAAUAGAUGAAUGAAGUAAGUUAAAUUUGUUGUGGUGUUAUUGGUUUUUUUUUGCACUUUCAUAGAACGGUCCAUUUGAAUAUAUGUGCAUCUUAGGUUUUUUUCCUCUCAUUCAAGUUGUUUAGCAACACUCAUUCGAAAUUUCACAUCUAUUCAUAGUUUUUUUUCACAUGAGACGAGUAUACACUUUUGAAUUUUGUUAUUCGUUUGAAUAUUUCUAUUUUUCAUCCGAAGACGAUGCCGAUGCCUACAGAGACAGACUGAAGGUUCUAAGAAUGAGAGCUGGCCUGGAUAAUCAGUCGAACACUGCAUCAAAGGUUUGUAGACGCAUCUCUUUAUAUUGUACGGAUUUCGGCACAGUUCGUUGACAUUACUUCUUACACUGCGUUUCACUAUUUAGAAAGCGGAAUCAGGAGACCAGCGUGUACCAGAGUACGAAGAACCGUCCACUGACGAACGAUCACUGAGUGCAGCUGAUAAGAAACCAUCCUACAUAAACAUUGUAAGUCAUAUGGUGCGAUUGAAUUUUUAUCUUAAUAAAUUCAAUGAAGCCUGCGCUAGGCCCUCGAUACGCGAAUGGAAGAAAAUCGCGCUCGCGUUCCACUUGCACUCCCGCACGCACUCGCACUCGCACUCGCACACGCACUCGCUCAUUAAUUCAAUACUUUAUUUCUUCUUUUAUGUAUAUUUAUUUAUUAUUUUUUGCAGCCCUCAGUUAUUUCACAGUCUACGGAUACCACUGAUUCGAUAACAGCAGAUCCAGAUAGCAUAUUGGACAUCAAGAAAAGACUCGAGCGCAUCAAGAAUAACUCAAGGAACUGAUAUGUGUAAUUGUGUUGUUCAUCGUAACCAACAAAACAAAUACUGAAAAUAAUUCCAACAUGCGUAAAUGGAGCAGCGGUGCCAACUUGUCUGUGUAGAAUUAAGUAGCAACCAAGACACCUCGGAAUGGCAAAAAACUGCAAUUGGGUUAAACGUUUGUUCUCUCAGCGGUAUGCUCUGAAGAACAAUGGACUUCGGCAGUACAGACCAUUGGUUUUCCCGAAUUUUUCGGGGUGGUAGUAAGGUCAAAGGUAUGGCAUGUUGGUAGAGUUGAACGAGCUGUGAACGGCUUCUCAUUGGUUAACAAUGAGAAGCAUUGAAUGACAAUGUAGUACUGCAGUACAUGCAAUUGGUUUUCCAUUUUCUCUCUGAAAGUCCCUCAACGUCUUCUCAUCGGUUAAAAUUCACGUUUUAAAGUUCCUCAGUUCUGGGCCUGACAUCCCAUCACAAGCCGUGAACUCGUAUGUAAGAUGAUGUCAUGGUACUUUGGUCAAAGCACUUUUGGUUGUCGUCUUUGUUAUGGUGGCGCUUAACAACACCGUUGAAAAAAAUGAGUGUCUUAAGUUGAACUAAAUGUGUACAGAGUAAAUCUUGCGUCGAGUUGUGUUCCUUCGGUUUUUUUGUUUUUUUUUUAGUUCAGCGGUGUUCCUGUUGCCGCAAAUGAAGAAAUGCAAAUUCUUCGUUUAAUUCUUCUCGAAUGUGCAGAAAGCAAAGGUUUAUAUUUAUACAGUACUGAAAAUGGUAAUCAUUGCAUUAUUUUCGUACCACGUAAAUUAUUCUUUGCUUUCUAAGGGAGUAUAAAUUGCAUCUUGUGAUCUCGUAAAAUAAAUCUCUGAGGAAAAUUACCAGAAAAGGUAUUAUGAAACAGGUGUGUUCCAUUACUAACCGUUGUUCGGGAAAUGAGUCUGCAUUUACCCUACCGAAGUCCUUCUCGGGAAAAUUGCCGACCGUAAUCGGGAAAACGGCGGAAAUCGAGCCACGCGUUGAACAGGAAAUAAUUGAGAUCACAAUGGUGUUCAUAAACGAAGUCGCUUUACUAAAUAUUUCAGAAAUCAUCACUCUUUCUGAUCCAAAGUCACGGGUGCACUU